AUGAGUACUCACUCGGAUGACUCGAUGGCAGAGGGGAGCAGAGUGACGGAGCUGUGCGGUGAUCUCUUCGAUGCGCCAGAAGGAUCGUGCUUGAUCCAUGCAUGCAAUAUUCAGGGCUCAUGGGGAGCUGGAAUCGCCAAAGUCUUCAAGCAGAAGUAUCCAACUGCAUACCAGUGCUACAAAGAGCACUGCGAAGAAUAUCAACAGCAAAGUGUCCACCAUGACAUCGUUGAUCUGCAAAGCGAAGACGAGGAAACUCUCUCCGUGCGUCUACCUCUGGGCACCUCACUAGUCAUUCCUCCUCAGCCGGAAGAUUACAAUAAUGGCAAAAAGAAGCAUUGGAUCAUCUGUCUCUUCACAUCCAGCGGAUUCGGAAGCCGCGUUGACUCUCCCGACCAAAUUCUGAACAGUACCUACGCUGCCUUGGAAGAUCUGGAUAUGCAGCUUGUCAUGCUCAAGCAGCCAAAUGAGGAAACGGGAGAUGGUCAGCCGGGUGCACUGUUUUCUUGUCGAUUCAAUUCGGGGCUUUUUGCGGUUCCCUGGAACGACACGAGGGAGCUUAUUGACGACUUGGGACUGAGUAUGACUGUUAUCUACCCGGAGGGAGAAUGA